CUCGAUGGCACACAGCGGCUCGGAUGCGACUGCCAAGUGUCAUCCUCCCGCAAGCAGCCCGACCUCAGCUCAUCUCAUCGCCGCUUUGACUGACUGAAUCCCGCCCGUGGGAGGAGGAGAAGGGGGAGGAGGAGGGCAGCCUGUGUUUCCCCGUCACAGUGAUCUGAACAGUGGGGAAGCUCAGACUCGGGAUCCGCUACGUCAAACAGAUUAGUCAAAUAACCUCUCGGGGUAGGACAUACCUCCCCUCCUUGGGCUUUCCUGCCUGGCUGCAUGCACGGGCUGAGGAAGCUAGACAAAUAGCCGGGGAGACGAAAUACAGAAGUGCACUACUUUUUCUUUUUGUGUGUGUGUGUGUGUGUGUGUGUGUGUGUGUGUGAGUGUCUGGGUGAGACGGCUGUGGUGAUCCUCCAGCAGCGUGUCUUCUUCUUCUUCUCCUCUCCCCACCCCUGGUGCGAAAUGGCGAAAGAAAACGGCGAGUCCAGCGAUGGAUCUUGGAAAAAGCAUGUCGAUGAUAUCAAGAAGAUCUUUGACUUCAAGGAAGUCCUCGGGACUGGUGCAUUCUCUGAGGUGGUGAUGGCUCGGGAGAAGGCCACAGGAAAGAUGGUCGCAAUCAAGUGCAUCCCGAAAAAAGCGCUGAAGGGGAAGGAGUCAAGCAUUGAGAAUGAAAUUGCUGUGCUGAGGAAGAUAAAGCAUGAGAACAUUGUGGCUCUGGAGGACAUCUACGAGAGCUCAAACCACCUGUACCUCAUAAUGCAGCUGGUGUCUGGAGGCGAGCUGUUUGACCGCAUCGUGGAAAAAGGUUUCUACACAGAGAUGGACGCCAGUCGGCUCAUUCGACAGGUUUUGGAUGCAGUCAACUAUCUGCACUCUAUGGGCAUCGUGCACAGAGACCUCAAGCCAGAGAACCUGCUGUACUUCAGUCCCCACGAUGAAUCAAAGAUCAUGAUCAGUGACUUUGGCUUGUCAAAGAUGGAGGGGACAGGUGACGUGAUGGCCACUGCCUGUGGGACUCCAGGAUACGUGGCCCCUGAGGUUUUAGCUCAGAAGCCGUACAGUAAAGCUGUGGACUGCUGGUCUAUUGGGGUCAUCGCUUAUAUCCUGCUGUGCGGUUACCCUCCUUUCUAUGAUGAGAAUGAUUCGAAGCUCUUUGAGCAGAUUCUCAAAGCAGACUAUGAGUUUGACGCACCGUACUGGGACGACAUAUCAGACUCCGCCAAAGACUUCAUCAGCUGCCUAAUGGAGAAGGACCCAGAGAAGAGAUUCGAAUGCGACCAGGCUCUUCAGCACCCUUGGAUUGCGGGAGACACAGCUCUUUGCAAGAACAUCCACGAAUCGGUCAGCCGACAGAUACGGAAAAACUUUGCCAAAAGCAAAUGGAGGCAAGCCUUCAAUGCGACGGCUGUGAUCCGCCACAUGAGGCGCCUACAGCUGGGCACCAGCUUUGGCAGCAACAUUCACAACAGCAACUCCGUGUCCAACCCUCAGAGCCGCGCGCCGGCCAAGAGCCAGUCUGUGGACUGCGCCCCACUCUCCCUGACGGACUGUCCCCCGAUAGCACCUUUGCCCUCUGCUGUUAAAGUGUACAAUCAUGACUCUGAAGAUGCCUCCUCUCCUACACGAGAGGAACCGUCUGUGGUGGCCGAGCCAUCACGGCCCCGACCCUCCACUGUUACGGUCAUCCACACUGGGACUAAAUGACGCCAGGUUCCGCGGGAGGUAAGCUGGGAGACCACCGAGCUUUGAGACGGGAUUCAACCAUCCCAGGCCUCAACGCCGUCGCCCAGUUUUCCCAUCCCGCAUCCUCCCAUCUGUUUCUGCUAACCACGGGAGGAAUUUGAGGAGCGUUGGCUUAGCUCCAUUUACCAUGGCUCAGCAUGGCACCCUGGCUGCUUCCCUCCCCACCGUCUUAUCAGACCUGGAAGUACAGCGGGGAUGAUGCUCAGCAGAAGUUGUUGUUGUGGAAGCCAUGUUAAUGCUGGAUCAUGAUUGAGUGGCAGAUAAACAAGCAGCUGGGAAGUGCCACACAAAGGGAACUCUUUAUUGAAGCUGCUAUCAGUUUGGAUUGCGAGCGUGUUGAGAGAUGGACACUCCGUUUUAUGCCUUGUGUAAAUAUCCUGCCUGGAACUGCUGAGUGGAGUCGUGUUUUACAAGUGAAAUUUAAGCUUCAAGCUGUGGUAAAAAAAUUGUGACAUCACCUGCACUCUGAACUUCUUGUAGUUUCUUUAACAGCUCUUGUUAAUUUGCUGUAGUAUUUGCUACAAUGGCUCCCAACAGUGUGACAGUAUGUGUUAUCUCUUUGUUUUAAAGUGUGUCGACAGGAAAUACGAGCUGGACGGCGGGCUUCAAUCAUGGCUGUGAUAGGUGAGAGAGCCAGUGCUUUGCACUAAGUGUAUUGGAUUAUUUAUUUUCUUACAAUAUAUUCUGACUUUUGUAAGGGAUGUGUAAAUGUGUUGUUAGACUGGACUGAAGAGCUGUCUAUUAAGUGAUAAAAUAGGGUAUCUAAUAGUUGUUACUUUGUAAUUGCUGUUCAUUUUUUUGACGUGACUGUGAAGUUCUCCUUGACCACAGGAGGGCAACAAUGUGUUGUUGCUGUGUGACCAGUUCUCAGGGAAAUGCUCCAUCAUGAAGCCAACAAAACCCCUCUCACUGCUGAUGAGGACUCUGAUAGGGCAAUAGCUGAAAGGUAAAACCUCCAAACUGUGCAUAUUAUUGUAAUGUGCCACUGGGAGAGUUUGACGGAUGCUUUCUUUCUUUAAAUCCAUCAUUACUGACGGUAUGAGUGUAAUGUAACUCACACUGAAUGGAUUGUUUUUCCCUUAAAGGUCCAGAGUGUUGGAUUUAGGGGGAUAUACUGGCAAAAAUGGAAUAUAGUAUAACACGUAUGUUUUCUUUAGUGUAAAAUCAUCUGAAAAUAAGAAUUGUCAUGUUUUUGUUACCUUAGAAUGAGCUGUUUAUAUCUACAUAGUGAGCAGGUCCUCCUACAUGGAGUCUGUCAUCUUGCACCGCCAUGUUUCUACAGAAGCCCAGGACAGACUAACCAAACACUGGCUCUAGAUAGGGCUCCAUUCCAACACAGUCUUAUCCCAACUCGUCAAAUCCUGAUGCUUUGUCUGUGGACCUACUUGUCAAAAUAUGCAGUAAUUUUGGAUGUUCAAGCUUGUUACAUGCAUUGUGUCUCUUCAAAAUACACUUCUGUUAUAAUCAUAUAGUCUUUUAACAAUUAACUUAGAAGGUAGGUAAAAAAAAAAAACCUUGUUUACUUCCUUAGGUUUGGGAAACAAAAACAUGUGGUUUGGUUUACAAAAAAAAAAAACGUAACCAUAAACGUCAUGUAACGUCAUAUGAUAUACCUCACUAUUGCUGCAUGCUACACAUACUAACACAAUACGUUAUUAAAAUUAAAAUAGCGCCACUGACUUUUGGUUUCGCGCAGAAAACAAACCGAGGGCUCCCAGGUGAAAGUCCCGAGGUUGUUUGACCCAUACACCUCCAUUCCCACCCUCCCUAUGUUGACUUUCUUACUAUUCAUAUUAAGGUAGUUAAUGGUGGUGUCACAUGCCAGAUGUGUAUCAUUCCGAUGUGAAGGGUGCCUCUGUGCAUCGGUGUCUGACACUGGGGGUCCACUAACAAAGUGGUGGUACUUGACACUCUGGGAGUGAGAACGGGCUGGCCAUUCAUGUUUUCACGGCAGCCACCAUAAGCAGCCCCUCCACAAGCAAUGGAAGAAAUGAAAAAAAAACAUCACGUGAAAUUGCUUUAUUUGGUGUUUUUACCAGUUUUAAUCACCUAGUACGUUUGUUUUGGAGAAGAAGGGACCUCAAUGGAUAAUUCGGCUACCGAUAAAAACCUCCUGGAUAGUGAACACUGAAGGAAUCCUUACCGGGAGAAGUUUGCACUGAUUGCAAUCUGCAAUCCUCAUAUGCCCCUAAAUCCCUCUAAAUCUUACACACUGUUUUUUAUAAACCUUGAAUUAUAUUUGGAUUAAAAGAAAGUGUUUAUCAGUGAAGUGUGCAUUCAUGUCUCCAGUAAAAAUGUAAAAUGUAUCUCAAUACCUAUUGCAGAAUCAGUGAAAUCAGUAGUGUACAGUUUCAGCAGUGGUAAUAUCAUGCUCUGCUUCUGCUCAUGAAGUGGCUGGUCUGAGAACAGCUGACUCACUCUGUGUUUAAUCACUGUGCUUUCAUACCAGCCUGUUGAAUUUAGCAGAAAGACUCUUUCUCACUCUAUCUCCCGCUCGCUCUCCAAAGACUCUCACACAGAGAAGAGCACGGAUCUGUCUUUGUAUUUUCUCUGUGGUACCUCUAUUUGAUUUUGAACAUGAAUGGGGAAUAAAUGACACUCCACCAGAACAUGCCCAGUAUUGAGGGCUCUGCCAUCUUGAAUUAUCUAGAAAUGUUGUGGUGAAUAUUGAAUAUUUACUGUAAAUACAAAUCUAAACAACACA